AGCAGGAGUCCGACCCCUAAAAUGGCCCCAAAGAAGGAGAAGCAUGAAUUUGCUGCGAAGAAGAUCAAAAUGAAAAAGGAUUCGAAGAUGAAGCUGAAGAAGAAAAAAGUACCUUCCAGUUCAAGCACAGUUGCGGCAGUUGGUGGUAGCGAGAACAGAGGCGUCGAUUCAGAUUGGUGGAAUUCUUUCUGGGAAAAAAAUUCCCCCAUUUCUGGUUCAAUGGAUCCCCAAGAUGAAGAAGAAGGAUUCAAGUACUUUUUCCGACUAUCAAAAAAGACAUUCGAGUACAUAUGUUCACUUGUACGAGAAGAUCUCAUUUCACGACCUCCUUCAGGACUCAUCAACAUCGAAGGAAGACUUCUCAGUGUCGAAAAACAAGUUGCAAUCGCUUUAAGAAGAUUAGCAUCUGGUGAAUCUCAAGUUUCAGUGGGAGCAUCGUUCAAUGUUGGACAAUCAACGGUUUCUCAAGUCACAUGGAGAUUCAUAGAAGCCAUGGAAGAACGUGCCAGACACCAUCUCAAAUGGCCAGACAAUGAAAAAUUACAGAAAAUCAAAUCAGAAUUCGAGAGAUCUUUCAAAUUACCCAAUUGUUGUGGAGCCAUUGAUGCAACUCACAUAGUUAUGACCCUUCCAGCUGUUCAAACUUCAGAUGAUUGGUGUGAUCAGGUUAAAAACUACAGUAUGUUAGUCCAAGGUAUCGUUGAUGACAAAUCAAGAUUUCUUGAUAUUGUUACAGGUUGGCCAGGUGGCAUGACAAUCCCAAAACUGUUAAAAUUUUCUGGAUUUUAUAAACUUUGUGAAGCGGGUGAGCGUUUAAAUGGGAAUUUAAAAUCAGAGUUUAGAGAAUUCAUAGUGGGUGGAGCUAAUUAUCCUCUUCUUCCAUGGCUGAUAACACCUUAUAAUGAAAGUGAAAGUGAAAGUGAAAGUGAUGAGAUGUCUGGUUUUAAUACUGUGCAUGAAGGUGCAAGAUUGGUUGCUGUGAGGGCGUUUUCGCAAUUAAAGGGAAGUUGGAGGAUACUUAAUAAGGUUAUGUGGAGACCUGAUAAGAAGAAGCUUCCAAGCAUCAUUGUGGGUAUGUUGAACAGUGGUGUAAGCAGGUUGAUCCUCUUGGGAGAAAACUGA